GCGCUCGCGUCGGGGCGGUGGAGUACACGCGGAAUCGCCGGAGCGAGUGCUGAGUCGGUGCCGCCGCCGGCUUCCCCCUUACCCCGGACGCUGGGAGACGUUUCGGGGCCGCAGAGGCUUGUGGGGCAGCCACAAAAUGGAGGCGAACGGGAGCGGCAGCGGGAGCAGCAGCGACUCGGCUCCCGACUGCUGGGAUCAGGCAGACAUCGAGCCGGGCAGCGGCGCUGGCUCGGGGUCCGCCCCGCCGGCCGCGGAGGCCGAGGCCCAGCAGGAGCUGCUCGGGGCGGCCUUCAGCCGGCAGCUGAACGUCAACGCCAAGCCCUUCGUGCCCAAUGUCCACGCCGCCGAGUUCGUGCCGUCCUUCCUGAGGGGGGGCCCGGCGCCCGGCCUGCCGCCACCCUCGCCCCCGCCAGGCCUGCCGCCGCCCCCCGGUGCACCAAUAGAGACCUCUCCAGAGGAGCAGACAGCCUCUUGUGAAGGUUCAAAUGCUGCUGUUAACAUGGAAAUUUCAGAAUCUGUUGUGGAAAAUGGAGAGACGGAGAUGUCCCCAGAAGAGUCAUGGGACCACAAAGAAGAAACAAGUGAAGCAGAACUGGGAGGUGGUCCCACAGGGGAUGCAGGCCCUUCUGAAGAAAGCACUCAGGAAAUGAUGGAAGAGGAGGAAGAAAUACCAAAACCGAAGUCUGUUGUAGCACCGCCAGGUGCUCCUAAAAAAGAGCAUGUAAAUGUAGUAUUCAUUGGGCACGUAGAUGCUGGAAAAUCAACUAUUGGAGGACAAAUAAUGUAUUUGACAGGAAUGGUUGACAAAAGAACACUUGAAAAAUAUGAAAGAGAAGCUAAAGAAAAAAACAGAGAAACAUGGUACCUUUCAUGGGCCUUAGACACAAACCAAGAAGAACGAGACAAAGGUAAAACAGUAGAAGUGGGUCGUGCCUAUUUUGAAACUGAGAAGAAACACUUCACUAUUCUAGAUGCUCCUGGACAUAAGAGCUUUGUUCCAAAUAUGAUUGGUGGGGCUUCUCAGGCUGAUCUUGCUGUGCUGGUUAUUUCUGCAAGAAAAGGAGAGUUUGAAACUGGAUUUGAGAAAGGUGGACAAACAAGAGAACAUGCCAUGUUAGCAAAAACAGCAGGUGUAAAGCAUUUAAUAGUUCUUAUUAAUAAAAUGGAUGAUCCAACUGUAAACUGGAGUAAUGAAAGAUAUGAGGAAUGUAAAGAGAAACUGGUGCCAUUUUUGAAGAAAGUUGGCUUCAAUCCCAAAAAGGAUAUCCAUUUCAUGCCAUGCUCAGGACUGACUGGUGCAAACCUUAAAGAACAGUCAGAAUUCUGUCCUUGGUAUAUUGGAUUACCAUUUAUUCCAUACCUGGAUAACUUGCCAAACUUCAACCGCUCAGUUGAUGGACCAAUCAGGCUGCCAAUAGUGGAUAAAUACAAGGAUAUGGGCACUGUGGUCCUUGGGAAGCUGGAGUCGGGCUCCAUUUGCAAAGGACAGCAGCUUGUGAUGAUGCCAAACAAGCACAAUGUGGAAGUUCUUGGAAUCCUUUCUGAUGACGUAGAAACUGAUUCAGUAGCCCCAGGUGAAAAUCUAAAGAUCAGACUGAAGGGAAUUGAAGAGGAAGAGAUCCUUCCAGGAUUUAUUCUCUGUGAUCCCAACAACCUGUGUCAUUCCGGACGCACGUUUGAUGCCCAGAUAGUGAUAAUUGAGCACAAAUCCAUUAUCUGCCCAGGUUAUAAUGCUGUGCUGCACAUCCACACCUGUAUUGAAGAAGUUGAGAUAACAGCCUUAAUCUGCUUGGUAGACAAAAAAACAGGAGAAAAAAGUAAGACACGGCCCCGUUUUGUGAAACAAGAUCAAGUAUGCAUUGCCCGUUUAAGGACAGCAGGAACUAUCUGCCUUGAGACAUUCAAAGAUUUCCCUCAGAUGGGUCGCUUUACCUUAAGAGAUGAGGGUAAGACCAUUGCAAUUGGAAAAGUUCUGAAACUGGUUCCAGAGAAGGACUAAGCAUUUUUCUCAAUGACCCCCCGCACAAUACUGUGAGGAAAAUCGACUCUGCAAAAGCCUACUUCACACCGCCUUCUUAUUUUUCUGCCCAUUGAUAAAACUUUUCCCCCCCCCCCCAUAUUUUGCAAAGACAAAAUUUCACAGCAAAGGUCCACAUUAUGUCAGCUUUCUCAUAUUGAGAGCUCCGCUAUGCCACUGUUGAAU